GCGGAUCUGCGGCUGAUGCUGAGCCCGGUGCCCGGGGUGUAACCUGCUCCCCCGGUGUUCCCGGUGCUGCACCUUCUCCCCCCCCGCUAUGAGGCUGCUGGCCGGUGCCGGUCUGUGCCUGGCCAUGGCCGCCCUUGCCCUGCUGGCGGUGGCUCUGUGCACCGAUCACUGGUACGAGACUGACGCCCGGAGGUACCGGGACCGCUGCAGGAAACCCAUGGGCAAAAAGAACGACCCCGGGCAGAUGUAUACCCCGGGGCAGAACCUGCCUCUGAGAGGCAGCCGGACCCGGGAGCCCCGAGCUGGGGAUCUGCCCCCGAUGGGGGUCCGACUCAUCAACAGAGCGGGUGACCUACGGGUGGCAGGUAGAGAGGAGCGGGGCACCGGGGCCAGGGAAAUACACCCUCCCCGCCCCUACCGGGCACCCGAUUCCCCCUGCUUCAACUCAACGGUCACCGGGCUCUGGAGAAAAUGCCACCGGGAGGGGUACGACAAGGACACGGAGGAGUUAAUAGCGAAAGGGAUCGUAGAACGCUGCUCUCCGAUACGGUACCAUUACACGUCACCCUCUCUGCCCCCCAACUCAUCCAGUAACGAAAUCAAGACCAUACGCCAAGAUGAGUGGCACUCUCUCCAUCUGCGCAGGAUGACAGCUGGCUUCAUUGGGAUGGCCGUCUCUAUCAUACUUUUCGGGUGGAUAAUAGGCGUUCUGGGCUGUUGUAAGCGGCACGAUCUGAUGCUGUAUGUUGCCGGAUUGCUAUUCCUCAUGGGAGGAACCUGCUGCAUUAUCUCGCUCUGCACUUGUGUAGCGGGCAUCAAUUUUGAGCUGUCUCGCUACCCCCUGCGUGGUUUACCCGAGGGCAUCAGCCACGGCUAUGGAUGGUCAAUGUUUUGUGCCUGGGGAGGGCUUGGACUCACCCUCCUUUCUGGGUUCCUCUGUACUCUGGCCCCAUCUCUCAGCGCUUCACAAUCUGCGGUACACAAACCCCGGCAGGAGAACGGGGCAGUGUGACCCCCCCAAGGAGGACAGGAGCGUACGACCCCAUCAAGCCCAAGGGGGGGGACAAACAAAAAUAAAA